AUGCCUGCCGUCACACGGAGUCUCCGGUCGUCGACGCGCCUGAGCGCAGCGGCGCCGGCGGAUGAGAAGAGGACGGUCGUUGAGAAGAGCAAGGCCCCCGCCAAGACCAAAGUAACCAAGAAGGAGGCGACAACUAAGACUCAAACGGAAGAGAAAACUUCGAAAGCAGCUGGCGCUGGUCGCAAGAGGAAAGCCGUUGAAGCCGAGCCGGAAGAUGAGCCGGAACCCAAGGCCGAAGUCAAGAAGCCCGCAGCGAAGAAGGCCAAGGUGCGCUUCACCCACAUCCCCUUGAACCACACCCAUUCUCUGACACUUCCACAGAAACCCGCCGCAGGCAAGAAAGAAGCACCGCCGAGAAAGACCAAGGACGAGCUCAAAGCGCUCCGCGACGCAUCCGCUUCCGUGCCGGACGUCAACCCCGACGCCGAGGAGAGGAGUCCGCCGGAGGAGCGGUACUGGCUCAUGAAGUCGGAGCCGGAUGUGCGGAUCGAGGAUGGGUAUGAGAUCAAGUUCUCGAUUGAUGAUUUGGCGGCGAAGAAGACGCCCGAGGGGUGGGAGGGAACGGUAGCUGACGACGAUGCAGGUAUUCGCAACUACGCGGCCAGGAAUAACCUCAGAGACAUGCGCAAGGGCGACAAGGCUUUCUUCUACCACUCCAACUGCAAGGAGCCGGGGAUCGUGGGCAUCAUCAGCAUCGUGAAGGAGCACUCCCCAGACUUCCCCGAGCCGCAGCUGACGACGGCAGGGAACGCAUGCAUCAACGACAAUCCCUACUACGACGACGCGGCGCCCCACGACGGCAGCAAAUGGAGCCUCGUGCACGUCAAGAUCGAGCACAGGUUCCCGCGCAUCGUGCCGCUGUCGCUGCUCAAGGAGGUCGGGCCGAAGGGCCCGCUGGCGAACAUGCAGCUGCUCAAGCUGGGCCGUCUCAGCGUGAACAAAGUUACGAAGGAGGAGUGGGACGAGGUGAUUCGCAUGGCGAAGGAGCUUGACGAGGACGGCGAGUGGGAGAAGGCUGUUGAGGAGGGCAAAAAGUUCCCGAAUUACUCGGCGGCCCUCCAACACGGCCUUGAUGCCCUCGUCCAGGUCCUCGACGAGCAGGAUCAUUUGGAUCCACACCAGGCUCUUGCUGCGCAGCGCCUCCUUGUCCGAGGUCUCGUCCAGACCCUUACCCAGCCUCGACAGCACGUCGCGCAGACCCAGCGGGAACUCGGGCGUGUCGGGGCUGACGCCGACCAGCGGCAGACGGACGUAGCAGUUCCACGUCGCGGGGUGGGCUGCGUCAAGCGCGCGCAUGGCCUCCACAACAUAGUUGAUGAUCUUCUCGAGGCACGAGACCUUGGCGAAGGUGGCAAACAUGUCGAAGAAACGCUCGGCGACGUCGGGGGUGAAGAAGGACUGCUUGCGGGAGAUGUCGAAGAUGGCCAUGGGUAUGGCGCCGUCCAUGGCCGGGUUGUUCUUGAGCUUCGCGGCGGCGUCCUCGUCGAUGACCUUCUUGCCGGGGACGGGCAAGUCGUCGCCGUCCUCGUUCUCCUCGUCCUCCUCGUCGCCGAAACGGAUCUCGUCGUCGUCGUCCAUCUUCUCGCCCGCCAGGGGGUUCGCGUCCUUCUUCUUCCCGCCGCCGCGCUUCGCGUCCAUCUUGGCCAGCCACUCCAUCUCGCAGCGCGCGUACUCGAUCCACAGCGUGCCCUCGGUCGUGCAGAACCGGCACCCGCGCAUGAAGUACCCCCGCGCGCCGCCCAUGUCGCCGUUCUUAGCGGAGCGGCGGCCGGCGUGGAUCCACAGGUCGGCGUCGGUGGGCAUCAUGCGCAGGGCGGCGGCCAUGGUGCGGCGCCAGCGCUUGGAGGCCUUGACGUCCUCGGUGUAGGCGAGGUACUCGAGCCAGAGGUCCUUGCGGGAGGGGUGGCGGGCGACGGCGCGGUCGUAGAUGGCGAGGACGCGGGCCUGGGAGGCGUGCUGGGAGUUGACGUGGCCGACCUUCAUGCGCCGGCAGCGCUUCUGGCGCAGGGCGUCGAGGGAGGUUUCCCAUUUCGCGUAGGAGGAGAAGUCGGCGGGGUCGGAGCGCGGGGCGAGGAUGCGGUGUUCGAAGUCGCUUCUUUUCUGGACGAUUGUGCGGAUUUCCUCCUGUGGUGGGUGUGUUAG